UGAAAAAGGUGUGUCCUGUUGCUAUUGUGACGCGUCCCUUGGCAACGCUGCGGUGAAGCGUGAAUGAAAUGUCCCGGAACAAAUAUAAAAGGUAACUUAGCAAUGUAGCAUCCCGCAUUUCCUAUCUUUUUUUCUGCCUUUUUGUGUCGUGUACGAACGAGUUUAAACCCCGAAACAUAACGUGGCUGCUCUCUGGACUGAAGGGCAACAACAGCUGCUGGUACACUAAACGAAGAUGUGAGGAGUUCAGGAUUUAUGUGAGGAGUUCAGGAUUUAGCUUAGUGGUGAUGUUUCAACUUAAUGGUGUUGCAGCAAGUGAGAGAGGAUCCAUCUGAGAUGCAUGUUAUCCUAAGGCACAAACGUUUUCCGAGAACUUGUUCAGCCUGCACAGUCCCACUCAUCCGCACUGUGUGUGCCAAGACUUCACCAUGCCGGAGGACAAAAACUGUAAGCUGCUCCAGUCAUCCAGGAGUUUUGACAGGAAAAACAAGAAGAAGAAGAAGAGGAAGACUCCUCCAGAAAAUACAGAGAAACCUCAGGCAGUAUCGUUGCCUCCUGAGACAUUGCCCGUGUCCCUGCUGCUCCCAGAGAUUCCGGGUCAUCCUCGAGGCCAGCUGCCCAAGCUCAGAGCAACCGGUAAGAAGGAUGGCGAAUGGCCCGCUGGCAGUGGCCUGAGGAGCGAUAAACACCCAAAGGAUUCACCAGCCCUGCUGACUGCAACAAACAAAAGCAGUGGCAGUGGAGCUCCGCAGCUGCAGUACUUAGCAGAGCUCAGCACCCAGGCUAGGGAGAGCCUGAGGUGGGAGGGAGUGCUGGAGGACCCCCAACAUGAGGAGAAGAGGCUGGAGCUGUACAGGGCCAACAGGCGGCAGCGUUACAUUGCACACAGAGAGGCUCUGGUAAAUGAAACCCAAAAUGCAUUGAGACACACUUUUCUUAAAGAGAAGCAAAGAGAAAAAUGCUUUGACUGAAUCUGACCAACGGGAGGCUGCAUCAGUGCUGCGUUAGAGCACCCACUGAAUUAAAGAAGGAAAUGAGAGCGUUGUGCUGUUAGUCAUCUCAGGCUUUAUUUGUUCCCAGAUUAAAACAGAUUUAGCCAUUCUGUGCACAGAGGGAAGAUCCUUAAGACAUUGAACUGAAGAGAAACUGAGCAUGUUGCCAAUUCAAUAUCCUUUAUAGCACCCGAUAGAAAAGCUUUCUCUGUCUGGUGCAAAAUACGUAUCACAGUGCCACGACUGUCAGAGGGCAUCCCCCUGCUGAAUGUUCCUGUUAAAAACUUAAUAGAGGAUUUGCGGGGUUUAUCUUGUGCCUCUAAAUUAUGUAACACUUCCAGAAAAGACCCAAAGUUGAUCUUUCAGGACUGAAACCCAAUCAGCAUCAUAUCACUGAACACCCCUCACAUCUGUUUAUCCACAGGUCAGUGAAGUAGAGCAGCGUUAAGUGGAUUGGGGGGGAUCACAUGUCACUUUUUUCCACCACUGCAAUGUAAGAACUUUAGCAGUUUAGCAGUUUUCUUUCUUUAUCUUGUCUUAUGCCAGAAAGUCAUCCACCAGUGUGUGUGAGAUGUUGUUGCAACAAUGUGCUUCUAUGCUGUUACACUAUUAUAUAAAAUGUGUUUAAAAGCUCAAACUGUUCUAAUGUUCAAAGUCCUGAAUCCAGCCGGGGAUAUACCCUUCUCUGUUUCUACUUAUUUAACUUUAAAAAGGAGAAUAAAAGACAUACAUUCUGAACUCCUGUAAUUUACAAAGAGAGACUAUUUGUUGUGUGUUGUUCCUGCCCACGUUGAAGUAAAUCCUUGUAACACCACCACUGCUGGACAACAGAUGGCAGAAAAAGUCCUGAGCGAAUCAAAAGCUCCAACUCUGAAGAGGCAAUGAAUGCAAAAAGAGACAGUACUGUUGUGCUUGAGUUUUUUUAUUGCAGGAACAAAGUGAAACACAAGACAAAAAGUUUAAAUGACAGGUACAUCCCUGUCAUUUCUCCCUGGGCACCAGGGUUCACUUUGCAUUGAUAACAAAGCUGUUACUAACAAGAGGACUGAUAUUCAGCAUUGUAACUUUUCUUCUUGAUCUUUAAAGAGCCUUCCACUUAAAAAUCCUUAGAAGAACAAAGCUAUAUAUUUUUUUCCCUCGAGAAUUCACAAAAUACUAAAUUACUUACUGUAACGAUUCAGAGUAGAUAGAUUUAAAUUUGAAGCUGUCACUUGACAGUAUAAUGCUGUAAAUUCAGUUCUUUCAGAGAUGUGAGGUUGCAGGAAUAUCACGGCAGUCUGUUUUACCUUCUGCCAGAUGAGCAGAAAGAUGGAAAUUAUUUUACAAUUAGCCUCAACAGUGGAAGGCUAUCUUUAAUUAUCUGUGUCCUUAAAAAUUAAAUCAAGAUGUGUGAUGAUAUAUAAGUAUUGUUAUUAUCUGGAUCUACAUAAAUAUUGUUUUUAAUGUAA